AUGUCUGUCUCUCAUAGAGAUACACGAAGUUUUAUCUUGUUCGAUUCUUCAAAAGAGCAAGAUAUUAAUGAUGACCGCUCAGUUUCGUCUGAGCUUGAUAAUUUAAGUGACCAAGAGGGAGAGGACCGACAAACAUUUAUUCAAAAUAACGAACGCCAAAGUGAUGGUUUCGAUUUCGAUGACCAUCUUAUACCGUUAGCCCUAACAGAAACACGAAGGCAUCCUACUUUGGAGAAAGAAGUUACAUUUUAUAAUGGUCUUAAUCUAGUAAUCGGUUCAAUAAUUGGAUCCGGUAUUUUUGCUUCUCCGGGUCCUGUCGUAAUGCACGCAGGAUCAGUAGGAAUGUCAUUAAUAGUGUGGCUUACAUGUGGUUUGUUAGCAUGUACUGGUGCACUUACAUAUGCUGAAUUGGGUUCUGAAAUACCAAUAUCUGGUGGUGAACAUGCUUAUUUAUCACAUGCUUAUGGAAGUCUUCCUGCUUUUUUAUUCAGUUGGACUGCUAUAACAUGCUUAAAGCCAGGGGGUAAUGCGAUUAUAGCAGUAAUAUUUGCUGAAUAUUUGAAUCGUAUAAUAUAUCAUACAGCCUUUGAGAGUGAAGAAAAUCAUCCUUCUCCAUUAACACAUAAAAUUUUAAAUAAAAUUGUAGCAAUCAUUUGUGUCAUAUUAAUUACUCUGGUUGUUAUAGCAAUUAUUGGUUUUGUUGUUAUAGGCCGAGGUGGCAUGACAAAGAAUUUUGAUGGUGAUUUAUUUGCUGAGAGUUCUACUCGGGCGAGUGAUUAUGCCUUAGCAUUUUAUUCAG